AGAGAGAGAGAGAGAGAGAGAGAGAGAGAGAGAGAGAGAGAGAAGCUAGAGGAAGAGAAGUGAGUGUGGUCAUCUCAAUGGUCUCUGCUGUAACACUGAAUCUGAACGGAAUGGAGGGAUUAAACAGAGCGAUUUAAACCUUUUGGAGGAGAAGAAGAGGAAGAAGGAGUGACAAAAGAAGGAGUGUAUCAGGAUCGUGAGAGCAGCAGGAUUGAAAGGAGUCUAGGUGGUGGUGGUGUCCAUGGGUCCCGUCAUGCCCCCCAGUAAGAAGCCUGAGGUGUCUGGCAUCAGUGUAGCCAGCGCCAGCCUAUCCCACCUCUACCAGACCGGCUCGCUGUCCCGUGCCCUGCAGGAGGCUGAGGAACUCGACCUGGUCCUCCCCGUCCACCUGGCCCUCCCCUUGGCGCCCCUCCCCGGUGGGGCCGCCAAACCCGAGAAAGGCACCGCCACUCCGGGUAUGGAGGACGAAGAGUUGACCAACCUCAACUGGCUCCACGAGAGCAAGAACCUGCUCAACAGCUUCGGAGACCCCGUGCUGCGCAGCGUCAGCCCCGUGGGCGGCGAGGGGGGCGGGGGCGGUACCCGCGGCGACGGGGACCACGACGACACCCCACCGUCGCCGUCGAUGGUGGGUGGGGACCUUCCAUACGACGCCCAGCGUAACCCUAACUGUAAGCCGCCCUAUUCAUUCAGCUGUCUGAUUUUCAUGGCGAUUGAGGACGCUCCGUCCAAGAGGCUGCCCGUGAAGGAGAUAUACAACUGGAUCCUGGAACACUUCCCCUACUUCGCCAACGCUCCCACGGGCUGGAAGAACUCUGUCAGGCACAACCUGUCCCUCAAUAAGUGCUUCAAGAAGGUGGACAAGGACAGGAGCCAGAGCAUUGGAAAGGGGUCCUUGUGGUGUGUAGACCCUGAGUACAGGCAGAAUUUGAUUCAGGCGUUGAAGAAGACACCUUACCACCCUCACGCCCAGGUCUUCUCUACUCCCCCCACCUCUCCUCAGGCAUAUCAGAGCAUGUCCAGUCCUCCUAUAUGGCCAGGGAGUCCCUUCUUCCGAAAAAAUGGAGGAGUCCUCCUACAAGUCCCUCAGGGAGUGAUCCAGAAUGGAGCCAGGAUGAUGAGUCAGGGCCUUUACCCAGGAAUACGACCACUGCCCGUCAACCCCUUAGAGAGCAGGACAGCCACAGUCAGGUCUGUGCUGUCCGGAGGCUGUCGGAAGCAUAGCGUCAGCGAUCCCGCCUCCGACUCCCCAUUGGUCAGCAGCGACCCCAAGGAGGACCACACCUACAGCACCAACCAAUCGGACGACGGCAGCGACUACACCAGCGACUCCAGUCUCCGCAGCAAUGGCCCCGUCGCUCGGGACGUCGCCAACGAUUCAGACUUCGACAACGAGGAUGAUGAAGACGACAAGAGCAAGAUCCAGCUGGAGAUCAAGAAGGAAGAGCCGCGCGAUUGGCCCAUAGACACGAUAGACUCUGCCCCUUCCAGCCAGCAGCACAACAAGAAGUGGCAUCACUUCCUGAAAGCCAAGCAGCGGAUGGGUGUGGCUAGUGAUACGCUCCCGCUGAAAAAGCGGCGCACAGAAAAGCCGCCAGAGAGCGAUGACGAGGAGAUGAAGGAGGCGGCGGGUUCGCUGCUCCACCUGGCGGGCGUCCGCGCCUGCUUGAACAAUAUCACUAACAGAACCGCCAAGGGUCAGAAAGAGCAGAAAGAACCCACGAAAAACUGACCCCAUAGACUUGAGAGAGAAAGAGAGAAAGAGAGAGACUAAGCUGAGAGAGUGAAGAUUUUCAAAGAAAAAAAAAAGGAGAGAGAAAGAACGAAAAUACAAAACAUCACUUUUAAUAUAGAAAUGUAUGCUUUCUUUUUUUCAGGAUAUCAGGUGAAUUCUGAAUGAUUUGUGGCAAUAUAAAAAACAAUCACUUUGUUUUCCUGUAUUUAAAGUUACUGUUUAUAGGGUUGAUAUUAUUUUCUUUCUUUUUUCUUCUGUUUUUUUAAUUAUUUUUAAUUAUUUUGUAUUUGUUUAAAGGAGAUUAAAGCCAUAGAUGAACCUUUUUCUGAUAUUCAGCUAAGUUAGCAGGUUUCCGUUGGCUGAAAGUAAAGUGAGCGUGAGAAAAAAAUACAUUUUUGGAAAACUUCCCCAACGUGGAUUGGCUUGGAUGUAUGAAUAGGGGAUCACCUUGUUAAUGUCAAAACGUACCCAGUCUGCAGCUAUUGCCCUUUACAGUCUCAUCAGAUGCAGCUAACACUAUAACUACAUUUCCACAGGCUCAUACACUUGUUACUUUUGUGGAAUUUACAAGUAAAAAGUUAUUAUGAGGUGCUUAUCACUGACUAUUUUGUUUUUACAGUGAUAUACAUAAUUCAAAUGAAAUAAAGUUAGUAUUCAGGGUCAGAUCUUAACUUGAGCUGCAUUGAUGUCUAUGGGCUGCAUAUUUGAGUUAGGAUGCGACCAUAUACAUAAAUGGCACAAUAACCAAGCACAAAUCCACAUGCUAUACUGGCUAAAGCAAUGUUAUAUUAGUCAACUAUUCCACUGAAAUAACAUAGGCAUAUGCUGACAUGGAUAGAAGUGCCACAGAUAAACAUAGUUUGGCAAACUAUCCCCUGUGUUGGGCACCAAACUUUAGAAAACAAUGGAAUUCUAAUUUGCCUUGGAACUUCCGGUGUUAAAAUGGUGGCUUUAAAAAGAAUAAAACCCAGUUUGCCAAACUCUGUCUUGUCUGUGUGCAAGGAAGCUGCCACAGAAAAAAGGUUCCAUGAAAUUCUGGGAAGCUGUUAGCUUUAGUGACCAUUAGCCUAGCCAACCCCAUAGAAGAGACACUGGGUAGCCAGUUUAUGUGUGUCCUACCUUAGUGUGUCAGUGUUGGGACAGUGCCAAAGAGGAACUCUUGGUCAGCCCAGUAAUGACGGUAGCACUUCCUUAGCUAACUGUCCUUCUGUCCGCUAAUCACAUUUAGCCACCAGCGCUAGCUAGCGUGCCAAUGCGGAGGGGACAGUUAUGUUUUCACCUUAAUGGUUGACUGUAGAACUGUAGUGGGAUGAAAAACACUGAUACAAGUUAUAUGUAGGAAAGGCUUGGUUUUUCUGACAGGGUGUUCUCUAAAUGUAAACAAAUUUAGUUUGCUAAAAGCCAUAAGCUAAUAGUCUAGCUAGCUCUUAUUGGAGAGGGAAAUAACUGAAAAUAUGUCAAGAUAACCUCAAAACUGCCUGUGUCCUUCAACGUGAAUAAUUGAGUUAUAAUCCAGUGAUACGAUGUAGUGAUAUUUUCGCUGUGGCACAAACACCUGAAUACCUUGAUGGGUUGGAAAGGAAAUGAUGGUAUGGAACCUGCCAAUUAUAUUAUAUUUUGUGUGAGAAGAAUAAUGAUAUGACUGUGGAGUUGUUUAUUUUUGUGUUUUAAUUAUUUUUGUGUUUACUUACCCACCCUCAUGACGUAAUAAAGCAAUUUCAUCCAGUCAGGAUAACACUGUAUAAAAAGUAAAACUAGAUUUUGAUUUUUUUUUUAAGCAAUGUAGCCAGCAGGAUUUUUCCAACUCGUGUUGCAUGGGUUCUGUAAAGAAAAAGAGAAAAAUCUGUUUUCUAUUCAGACAAUGUUCAUGUUAGGUAAAUAAUGUAUUUAGCAUGAAGCAUGAAUUAUUUUCAUAUAAGUAUCCUAGCGAACAAAAAGGUUCUGCCUCGAAGUUCUGCGCCCAUAGGUGUGGAAUCCUUCUCUGUUGUUUUGUCUGGUUCUUUUUGAUUUGAUGAUUCGUUUCGUGUCGUCCUUACUCAUCUUUGUUUUAACGUGGGCUUUGAAAAGAUACAGUAAAAAAUCUUGUUCAGGGACAAAAAGCCGGUCUGUGGGGCAAAUCUCUUUCUGCAAUAUGAGGAUAACUCUCCACCCAUGGAUACAGGGCUAGAUGGCAACUCCCUUCAUCCAUAGUUGAUAAAACCAGAAUGUCACAUGCUAGAACUGACACAUUAAAAAAAAAGUUAUUGGCAUGAAGAUCAGUUAUUUGUGGAUUGAAAGCACCAAACUUUCAGCGUACCUCUGUCCUCUCCAGCAUGGCCGUAUAGUGACCACUGUGUCUGAUGGGUUCUCCCUGACGGCUGAAUGUUGGAGCCCAUGUGAUAGAAGAGAGGUUUUGUAGUGAGUGUCAGUCUUCUGUUCCCCAUACCCCUCCUUCUCUGGGCCUGUUCUUCCAUCACUUCUUUAUUUUCUAAGCUUUUAGACGUCUUUGAUAUUUCAGGGUCUUCCAUUUGUCAAUGACACAAGAUUUUAACUGAGUAAGCGUUUUUAUGUUGUUGUUGUUUUGGAUUUAUUUUAUGUCUCUCGCUGUGUUUUAGCAAUUUCUACUCCAGCAACUCUUCAGGUCUUGUUGUCAGUAUUAUUAGGCAGGCUACAAUAGACUUGUUGCACAUGAAAAUAACACAAAGUAAAUUACAUAGUACGAUGGCUAGAUAAAUACAAACUCUUUAGUGCAUAUUUUCACAUUAUCUCGCCAGAUUGCACUAAGAUAUUAAAAUAAAGAUAUUGUCUAAGUUCAGUGCCAAAGCCUGUAAUAAGUCCUUAUCUACCUGAAAUAGAUGACACACAUACUUGAUCUGUAUGUCAAGACAAAAAAUGACCAGUGAGCUGUAGCAUUUCUGUCAUAUACCCUUUCUACGUUAUGUCCUACUGAUUUUUGUUGAAACCCACUACAUUACUUGCUAUACAUUGCUCAUUGGGUUUAUUUUCAUUUUUAGUUGAAUAAAACACCCUAUAUCCAAUAGUGCACUACUCUUGACCACAGCUAUCCCAGAGCUAACUAACCCAAUGUGGCUCUGGUCAAAAGUAGUGCGCUAUAUGGAAAAUAAGGUAUAAUUUGAAACAGCCCUUAUUUGCCCUGGAUUAAGUUGAGGUGAUGAGCUUCUCUCUACUAGACUGCCUCGUGUGUCAAUGUAUCUUCAACUGAUAAAUAUAUUAUAUAUAUGAUUUAUUCCCAUUGUUUGUUACAUUAUCCUUUGAGGAAUACUGCCUUCCUUGGACGAUAACAGUCACUAGAUAACUCUUCCUCCAAUCACAAUCCUUCAGGUGCCACAAUGUUGGAGGAGGAAGACUUGUUCUCUGGAAAACAUUGAAUAUUAAUUAUUAUUAAUGAACUGUCAAUACUAGCCUGGCAAAUAAUGAUAUAUCGAUGAGUAAAAAAGUGUUUAUUUGUUUUCAUCGUGUUUUUUGUUGAUAUUUUGUUUGGUUUAUGUUUGUUCAACUGCCAUUUUUCUGUUUAUUGUUUGGAGGGGUUUUCUGAGGAGGAGAAAAAAGAGCAAUGGAUCGUCAGUUUCAAGUUAUCUGUAGUACACUGUUCACCUGGUAAUCAUGGAAACUGCAUGGUACCUUAUGGCACUUAUGUCGAGAAAUUCCAAUAGAACUGGCAACUACUUGGUCUCAAAGGAUCCGUAGUUGUGCUAAGUUUUCAACUGAUCGCUUAAACAACUGCGAGCAAUUUGUGGUUACAAAUAUUAAGUAACUUGUUAUACCACUGUUAUUGGAAACAAAGAAACAAAACACCAAAAAGUCACCAUGUAGUUUCUAUGUAAAUAACAGGUAGGUGGUGUUCUGUAAAAACAUGCUACCAAUCAUUUCUGUGUCCUGUUUUUGAACCUUGUAGUCUUGAUGGCAUGACCUUACAGCUGAUCUGUUAAUAUGGAGACCGACCUCCGUAGGUGCGUUCUGUAUUUCCUUGACGUGUAUUCAUAUUGCCAAAGAUAAACUACUUCAUCAAUUCAUGUAAAUAUCACCUUGUCCAUUACUAUGACGAAAGUAUGUUUGUUUAAUUUUUUUAUUUUAUUUUUCUGAAAGAAAAAAAACCUUACAUAAAGUUUCUGUGCUGUAUCGUCUUCCAGUUGCAAUAAAAAAAAAAACGCAUUGCAAAAAGUUA